CUCUGAAUGAAGUUCAGGGAUGGAGGAAGAAUUGCGGCUCUCGGAUGGCAGUGUAUCUGCUCCCUCCACGUGCUGGCUCAACCCUCACACCGGAUUCUUUGGCACCAUUAAGAACUCCCCGAGCGACUUUGUGGUGACGGAGAUCAGCUUGUGCGGGUGCAUGGUAAGCGAUGUUCACUCUGAGAGCUGCAGAGGCGCUGAGGAAACUGACCAAGAGCCCUGUGUGCCAUUCCGCAAAAGACUAAAGAAGGCAGAAGAAAUUUGGGACAAUGUUGGGUCAGUGGAGAGCUCUUCUGGGUGUUUAAGUCUCGGAGGUUCCGAAGGUCUCGAAGACAGUUGCAGUGAGGCUACUGGUUGUAAUUCACCAGGUUCUGUCUUUCGGUCAGUGAAACUGGCUCCGGGCAGUGCCUUGGAUUCCUUCCUGGACGUGGCUGUGGCUGACUCGCUGGAGAGAUUUGCCCGUUUAGUUGAAGCAUGGAUCACACAGGAGGAGGGAGAUGGGGAAGGGACGGUCUUCUCCCUCGGAGUAUUUCCUGACAAAAGCCACCGAGCAGACAUCCACCGUGCCGUCCGUCAAAAAUACCCCUUCCUCAAGACGCUGACGAUUGGGGCCGAAAUCCUAGUCAAGCCGGACGGGAACUACUCCGGGCUCAGUCGCCUGCUCUCCCGGCGGGAAGCUGGUGACUUUCUCCGCUUCCUGGACUCCAGGGAUAAAAAUUCCACAUUUACCUUCAGCCCAGAUGGCAGCAAGGACCACAGGAAAGCCGUCCACCAUUUUGUCAGCAAGCGCUUUGGGAAAAUGGUGGAAGCAAAAAGCUUUCCAGAGCGCGGAGGCGACGGUGGCCACCAGAGGGCAGCGAUUACUGUUCGAUUCCGGGAGAGAUUUGCUUUCGGUAAGAAACGCAGUGCAGAUGAUUGUCCGGAGGCACCAGCGACCUACACAGCCUUCACACUUCGUAAGGAAAACACGGAAACCCUGGACGCUAUCGGUAUCCUGGCGGCAGAACUUGGUGUCGUGCCAUCAGAUUUCAGCUAUGCCGGCAUUAAAGAUAAGAAGGCGGUGUCUUUCCAGACUGUGGUGGUGAAGAACGUAACACCCAGGAGGUUAGAUGUGAAGAAGGCGAGGCUACAGAGCAAAGGUUUGAAGGUGUAUAACAUCCGCCUGGCCCCUCAGCACCUGCGCCUUGGCCAACUCUGGGGAAACCAUUUCAAUAUUGUGGUGAGAGGUGUCCGCAAGCACCAGGGGGAUGAUCCUGAGGCAAGUCUCUCUGAUCGGGUGCUGGAAGCUAUUCACAACGUCAAGGAAAAGGGCUUUGUGAAUUUCUAUGGACUGCAGCGAUUUGGAUUGGGGCAGAAUGUUCAGGCAGAUCAAAUUGGUUUGGCUCUACUUAAGGAACAUUUGGUCCAGGCUGUCCAUUUAUUCUUCACACCAGAAGAAGGAAAUAAUCCUGUCAAUAAGGCGAAGAGACAUUUUCUCCUAACUGGGGAUGUCAAAGCGACACUGGCCUUGAUGCCGGACUACAAGACCAGAGAGCGGCUGAUGCUUCGUGCUUUGAAUCGCUAUGGCACAGAUCAGGAGGGCUGUGCCCAGGCUUGGCUCAGUAUUCCACACUCCAUGAGGCUCCUUUAUAUCCACUCCUACUGCAGCAAGGUAUGGAACCAGGCAGUGUCUUACCGGGUUAAGACAUAUGGCUUGAGACCUGUGGAGGGCGACUUGGUGAUCGCAGAGAGUGCUGAGGCUUCGUCAUCUCAGAACGAUCGGGUACAUGUUGUGACAGCAGAAGAUCAGAAGGCAAAUCUUUAUUCCAUUGACCAAAUUGUUCUUCCAAUGCCCGGUAACAGCACCCAAUAUCCAUCCAACCAGCUUGACCAAUGGUACCAGGAAACCUUGGCCAGGGAUGGACUGAAGACAUGCAAGUUUAGACUUCCUGCUCUACAUCUGAACAUCCCUGGUUGUUAUCGUCGGCUGCUCGCCCACCCUCAGCACCUUGCCUGGCAGUGGCUGGGAGACGGAGAUGUGGCUCCAGUGAGCAGAGACUGUCAUCCUGUCGAUGAAUGCGGUGCUGUGAGCGACUCGCUCUCCCUGACCUUCAGCCUCAGACCAUCGUGCUACGCAACCGAGUGUCUCCGAGAAGUGAUGAAGUCCAGCGUGUGAUAGGACAGGACCCAAUGGUACUUCUAUGAGCAGAUGGCACAACCCGUCCUGUAGCUCAGUGGUUAGAGCACUCGCUUUGCAAGCGAGAGACCU